AUGGUGAAUCCGGCCGAGCUCGUGCUGAUGACGCAGCGCCGUGCCGCUGGAGGUGCAGCGACUGUAGCACACCACGCAAUGGAAGGCCAGUCGACGCCCACGACCUCGAUGGGCUCUGCGGCGCUCGACGGGACCAACUUUGGAUUUGGCGAGCGAAGCGGCAGUUUUUCGCGGCUGAAUCGCGGCGACAGCACCGGUGAUCUGUCGUACCAGCCCAGCCGCGCCAUGGAGAUGUACUUUGACAAGGCAGGCGAUGACGACGAGGAUGACGACGAGGAUGGCGACGACGACGAGGAGAAUGGGGACAGCGACGGGGACGUAGAAAACGAGGACGUAGAACAGUAUACGACCAGGACUGGCGCAAUGCACGUCAACCAACUGCAUGGCCACACAGCUGGCUACAAGCAGCAACAGCAACAACACUCGGGUGAUGGUGCGGGUGAUGGGCAUGCGGACGACGCGGCUGCUUCUGCUGCUGCUGCUGCUGCUGCUGCUGCGGGAAUGGGCGUGGGUGGAGCUGAAACCGCACAGUGGGACAGCAGCCAGGCUGCGCCACCAGGAGCUCCACUCGCUGCAAGGGCACGAACACAGUCGCAGCUAAAACCGACGGGCAACGGCGGCGGUGGCAAGCAGGGCUCAGAACCAGGAGCAAAAGGCGCCAAUGCUACCGCCAAUGAUGCUGCUGAAGGAUCACAACCACGGCUCGCAUGGAUGUCGAGCGCGACCGUCCUCUCUGACGAGGCAAAAGCAAAGCGGCAAAAGCGAAAGUCCAAGAAAGGUCGGCCGAAAAAGCACCGCGGUCGAGGCCGAUCGCUGGCAGACUUGUCGCUCCGAAGCCGGAUCUUUCUGUUCCUGUCGGACGCAAACUACUCGCUGUACGCGUACUACUACCAGCUCUUGAUGUUCUUCUUGAUCAUUCUGUCGACGUUCACGUUCUGCCUGGGCACAGUGCUCAGCUUCAACGAGUACUCGGAGCAGAAGGACACUUGGUUUGCCCUUGAAACAAUCAUCAUUGUCGGCUUUUGCUUUGACUACAUUGGCCGCCUGGUCACAGCUCCGCGGACGCUGCUGUUUGUCGUGCAACCGAUGAACAUUAUCGACCUGCUCGCCAUCCUGCCGUACUUUGUCGACAUCAUUCUGACGGCGACCGUGGGCGAGAGUCAGGUCGGCGCCGCCACCAUCAUCCGUAUUCUCCGUUUGUUCCGCGUCAUGCGUCUGUUCAAAAUGUCCAGCAAGCUCGAGCAGCUGCGCCUGGUCAUCAUUGCCAUUUCCCGAUCUCGCGAAGGCAUCCUGCUGCUCUUGCUUCUCGUGGUCAUGUCCCAGGUUGUGUUUGGCUCGUGCAUGUACUAUGCCGAAACGUCCGUUUGCACCGUCGACGACGUCAGCAAGCAGUGGACGUGUAGCUUCAACGGCAACCAGUACGAGACGCCCUACCAAAACAUUCCUGCGGCGUUCUGGUGGUGCAUUGUGACAAUAACCACAGUGGGCUAUGGCGAUCAGUUUCCUGUCACGCCCGGCGGCAAGAUUGUCGCGUCCAUCACCAUGCUCUGCGGCCUCUUGGUCAUUGCCUUCCCUGUGACCAUGAUUGGCUCGAAUCUGAACGAGGUGUACGCCGAGUACCGCACGGCCAAGGCGAAGCGCGUUCGCCAGCAAAAUCUCGUUCGCGCCGGUCUUAAAACGCUCGUCGACGAGGCAGAGGCCCUUGCGUCGGGCACCACCGCAUCGUACGUCUCGACCACUGUCAGCAACCUUAGCUCGCGCAGUGGUUUGGACCAGACGGUGCCUCCAGACUUUGGCGCUGCCCUGCGUCUCUGCGUGCGAUUCUCCACCAUCACGGGUAAACGCGUCGAGCGGCUACGGCAAGAGACGUCCGAGCUCGAAACCAUCUUGUCUGGAUUCACACACAUCCUGAACCAGACCAUUCUGGCCAACCCCGAGGCCUUCCACGAACUGGAGACCGCAUCGACCUCGCGGCUUGUUAGUCCUCACGUCGAUCAGGAGGAGGACGACACCGAUUCAAGUCUUUCACCCAGCGGGAGCGCGCCCGCCGCUGUCGAGGACAAGCCACGGCCAUCUGCAACGUCCGUCCUGUCCGUUGUCGUGGAGUCUGCAUAA